AUGGUGAAAAGAAGUAGAGCAGCUGUUCUGCCAAAUAAUAUCAUCCUUUUACAAAAUUUAGUUAAAAGAGAUCCAGAAUCAUAUCACGAAGAGUUUCUUCAACAAUACUCCCAUUAUGAAUCCCUAAGAGACAUAUUCUUAUUAAAUGGUAUGGAUACAACUACAACCACUGCUACGACCACAGUGAGUGGAUCUACUAAUGAAACUACAUCAUCUGUGUCCACUACAAAUUCUCUUUCAGAAGGUUCCACUACUCAACUAAUGGAAUUAAUUGGAUUUGUAUCGCAAGUUUGUUCAUGUUUCCCCCGUGAGACAGCGAAUUUCCCAGCUGAAUUAAAACAAUUAAUCUUAGAACAUCAUGUUUCAUUACCAUUUGAAUUGAAAGAGAAGAUUUUAACUUCAUUAACUAUAUUAAGAAACAAGAGUGUCAUUAGUGCGGAGGAAUUGAUUCAAACUUUAUUCCCAUUAUUAGUUGCAUAUUCGAAUCAAGGUAAUUCUUUGGGAGUUAAUUCUCAUGCUAAAGAAUUAAGAACUUUAGUUUAUAAGAAUGUUGUAUCAUUGAUGAGGUCAUGUAAUGUUGGUAGUAAAAACCAAAGAUUGAAUAAGUCUACUCAAGCUAUUUGUUUCAAUCUUUUAGAUGAAGAUGGAGAUGGGAGAGGUAUAUGGGCAGCUAAAUUGACUAGAGAAUUAUGGAGACGUGGUAUUUGGGAUGAUUCUAGAACUGUAGAAAUUAUGACACAAGCUGCAUUACAUGAUGAUGUUAAAGUUGCCUUAAGUGGGAUUAUGUUUUUCUUAGAUGCUGAUAGAGAACGUGAAGAAAAUUUUGAGGAAAAUUCUGAUGAUGAUAAUGAUGGAAUUGAUGUGGAAUCUUUGAAACAUAAGUUACAAGUUAAUAAGAAAUCAGGUAAACGUGGUAAGAAAUUGGAGAAUGCCAUUAAGACUGUGAAGAAGAAAAAUAAGAAUAUGAACAAUAAUGGUACACCGAAUGGGUAUUUGAAUUUCAGUGCCAUUCAUUUAUUAAGAGAUCCACAAGGGUUUGCUGAAAAAUUAUUCAAGGGUCAUUUAUCAGGUAAGAAAUCUAAUAAGUUUGAUAUUGAGCAAAAGAUUAGUAUAAUGCAAUUAUUAUCUAGAUUAAUUGGUACUCAUAAGUUGAUGGUCUUAGGGAUUUAUACAUUUUUCCUAAAAUAUUUAACUCCAAAACAAAGAGAUGUUACUAGGAUUAUGUCAGCUGCGGCACAAGCAUGUCAUGAUAUGGUUCCACCUGAAGUAUUAACAGUUAUGGUUCGUAAGAUUGCAGAUGAAUUUGUGUCAGAUGGUGUUGCUUCAGAAGUUGCUGCGGCUGGUUUAAAUACUAUUAGAGAAAUAUGUUCUCGUGCUCCAUUGGCUAUUGAUGAAACUUUAUUACAGGAUUUAGUGGAAUAUAAGGGAUCUAAGGCUAAAGGUGUCAAUAUGGCAGCUAAAUCAUUAAUUUCAUUAUAUAGAGAAGUUGCACCAGAGAUGUUAAAGAAGAAAGAUCGUGGUAAAACUGCAAGUUUAGAAUUACAAAGUUUAAAUAAAGAUGGUAAUGAUAAAAGAUCAAGGAGACCACAAUAUGGUGUUGAAAAUAAUGUUCAAGGUAUUCAAGGUAUUGAAUUAUUAGUUAAAUGGAAACGUGAGCAACAAGAAGCUGCGGGAGGUGAAAAUGAUGAUGAUGAUGAUAAUGAUGCCAAUUGGGAAGUUGCAGAAAACAGUGGUUCUGAUUCUGAAUCUGAUGAUGACGAUAAUGGUUGGGUUGCUGUUGAAAGUGAUAAAGAAUACGAUGUUGAUAUGGAUGAUGAUGAUGACGAAGAUGGUACGAAGAAAGGAAAUGGUAAAGAUGAAGAAGAAGAUUCUGAUCUUGAUUUGGAGUCAGAGGAUGAAGAAAAAGAGAGAAAAGGAAAAGAUAAUAUUUCAGUUGAUUUUGAUAGUGAAGCUGCGUUUAGGGAACUAGCGUCAACGAGAAUCUUAACCCCAGCAGAUUUUGCCAAAUUAAAAGAACUACGUACAGAAGAAAGUGUAUCGAAGAUAAUGGGGGUUGAUAAUAGUAGCAAUAGGAAGAAGAUUUUAGGUAAAAAUGAAGAAUUGGUUGAUGCGGCUACUUUAACAGGGCCAGUUAAGUAUAAACAAACUCGUGAAGAAAGGAUACAGCAAGCUAUGGAAGGUCGUGAAGGCCGUGAGAAGUUUGGUAGUAGACGUGGUAAAAGAGAAAAUGCACAUUCUACGACGAAUAGAGAAAAGGCUAGAAAGAAGAAUUAUGUUAUGAUGAUUCAUAAGAGAUCUGUUAGGGGGAAACAAAAGAUGUCAUUGAGAGAUAAGCAAAAAGUUUUACGUGCGCAUAUCACCAAACAAAAGAAAGGUAAAUAG